AUGAUGUUCUAUCCCACGCACCAAGGCGAGGCUGACACAUCUCGGAGCCGAAAAAGGGAACGAUCCCCACGGCACCAGGAAACAACCCCAAUUCGUUCACCUCGCCGAGUCAAUACUAGUCGAGACGACCCUGUGCUGUCCCAGAGACAGACAAAAGCGUACGUACGUCGAUCCCAACACGUUGGGGAACAAAUCCUCCAUGCCAGCCACAGGCCGAUGCCCGAGCACACGAUGUGUCAAAUCUCCUUCAGUAAAGAGGACGCAUUUAUCUUCAAUCAUCCGCACUCAGACGCCCUGGUCAUCACGGCACCAAUUGCGACCAUUAAGGUACACCGAAUUAUGGUUGAUAUUUGGGACUACGCGAGCAUCAUGUAUCUGAGCAUAUUCCGGAAGAUGAAGAUCGACAUUAAGGAGGUUUAA